AUGGCUGUUCGUGAAGUUCUAAGACGGGCCGCAAUAUCUCCCUCAUCCGUCGCUUGCUUGAGCAUCGGGACGACGGCGUUCAUCAACGCGGUCCUGGAGGCCGACAGCCGCCGACUCGCCAAGGUUGCAGUCAUUCGGUUAUGCGGCCCAUACACCAGACAAUGCCCGCCUUUUAUAGAUUUUCCCAAGCGCUUGCGUGCGCUUACAGAAGGAUACGUCGGCUAUGCGGACGGCGGUCUUCAAAUCGAUGGAGGAGAAAUCGCCCCGCUGAACGAAGAGCAGAUAAUUGAACAAUGCUCAGCCAUCAAACAGAGGGAGCUGAAGAAUGUCGUUCUGUCGGGUGUUUUCUCUCCACUCGACAACGACGGUAGGCAAGAGUUAGCAGCCAUGAAGAUUGUUCAACAUGAAUUGGGUUCAUCAAUUAACGUAGUCUGUUCUCGCGAUGUCGGCCAGAUCGGAUUUCUUGAGCGCGAAAAUGCCGCGAUCUUGAAUGCGUCGAUUUUGACCUUCGCGCAACGAACGAUCCACAGUUUCCAGAUCGCAAUGCGUGCACUGGACCUCUCAUGUCCAUUAUUCCUCACUCAAAAUGAUGGCACACUGACUACUGCUUCAUCCGCUGCUCACUUGCCGAUUCGUACCUUCGCUUCUGGGCCGACAAAUUCGAUGCGAGGGGCGGCAUACCUAGCAGGACUAGAUGAGCACCAUAUCAUCCAGCAGCGCAAGUCUGCUAUUGUUGUCGACAUCGGUGGAACCACGACCGAUGUGGGUGUUUUGCUACCUUCGGGAUUUCCUCGCCAGGCAGCUGCUUUCAUAGAAGUAGGAGGCGUGCGCACCAACUUCGCAAUGGCGGACGUGCAAUCCAUCGGACUGGGUGGUGGCUCGCGUGUGAGAGUAUGUGAAACUGCGAAGGGAGAGCAGGUCACCGUCGGACCGGACUCCGUGGGAUACAAUUUGACCCGCUAUGCUAAAGUCUUCGGUGGGGAUGUGUUGACAGCUACAGACAUGAUUGUCGCUGGUGGGUGCGAAGAGGAAGUGGGAAAGAGAGAGCGGGUUGCCGACCUGGACCGCAAUGUGAUUGAGAAGGCGAAGAAAGUCAUUAAGAAGCUUCUAGAGGGAAUAAUCGAUAGGAUGAAGACGUCGCCAGAGCAUAUUACAGUGCUGCUUGUCGGCGGUGGGAGUAUUAUCGCCCCCAACGAACUCACUGGUGUCAGCGAAAUUAUGAGACCAGCUUAUUUCAGCGUCGCCAAUGCUGUAGGUGCCGCAAUGGCGAAAGUUGCUGGGGACGUGGACACCAUAGAGCUACUCCAGAAUCGUAACGUUCAUGCUGUCAUUGAAUCGAUCAAGACACGAGCCAUACAAAAGGCCAUCAUUGCUGGUGCAGAUCCAGCUACUACUAAGGUCGUCGAAGUGGCCAAUCUCCCCGUGCAGUAUGUAACGAAUCAAGCGACUCGUAUCAUUGUCAAAGCUGCAGGAGAGUUAGCAAUGAAUGCCAUUGCGUCUACAACUGAGCUAAAUGUAAUUACAAAUGGGGACGAUGAGCCUGAGGCUAGCGAGGGUGAGAAGGCCGUUUUGCAGGAAGUGAAUGAAGAGGAAGACCUGAUCGACAUCGAGGAGUAUGCUCCCACAAUUCGAGAAGAUCGAUCGUGGAUUUUAUCAGAACUGGAUCUCGAAUGGAUUGCCGAAGGAUGUGGUGUCUUAGGUACGGGAGGUGGGGGCUCAACAUACCCACCCUUCCUUAUGGCUCGUCAAUUGCUUCGUGAUGGUAAGGAGAUCAUUAUUGUCGAUCCUGAUGAUGUAGCUGAAGACGGAGUCUUUCUUCGUUGUAUGUUCAUGGGUUCACCCAGUGUCUCGCUCGAGCGUGUGCAAGGCGGUGUCGAGAUACCUGCAUCCAUUCGUGCACUCAUGACUUACAUGGGUCUGCAAGACAUCACUGGAGCGAUAUCUGAUGAAAUCGGAGGUGGUAAUGGGAUACAACCAAUGAUUGUUGCGACAGAGAUGGGCAAGGUAGUCCUAGACGCGGACUUGAUGGGCCGAGCAUAUCCCAAUAUGUACCAAUCCUUACCUGGCGCCUUCGAUAUACCUGGAGGACUGUGGCCUUGCGCUAUAUCCGAUGGUGUUGGGAAUACAGUUUUGUUGCCGACUGCAAGUAAUCCAAAGUCUGUCGAGACCAUCCUUCGGACUGUAACCACUGAAAUGGGAUCAAGGAGUGGUGUCAGUAUGGCGCCAUUGACACGCAAAACUUGUCAGGAGUAUGGAGUCGUUCGAAGUGUGUCCCAAGCCUGGCGGAUUGGCCGAAUCAUUGCACUUUGCAGGAAGAAGAAUAAGUUGAGGAGUAUUCCAUCAGCGAUACUUGAGCUCCAGAAUGGUUCGUGUCUGUUCGUCGGCAAAAUCAUAGAUGUACAGAGGGAAGUACGUAAAGGUUUCACAUGGGGGUCUGUCACUAUUGUACCAUUACUUGAAGACGAAGAAGAGGAUGGAUGUCCGCCCACGAACAUCCCCGUUGCUCACGGCCAAGACGACCGUCUUGUAAUACCAUUUCAAAAUGAGAAUUUAUACGCCUAUAUCAGUUCACCUAGCGGGGAACAGAAGAUUCUAGUCACUGUUCCGGACUUGAUUGUUGUGCUUGACUCCCAGAACGGCGCACCACUCGGCACUCCAGAUUAUAGAUAUGGCCUACGUGUCACUGUGAUAGCAUUGGCAGGCAAUCCGAAGUGGACUGCUACCCCGGAAGGUUUGGCGUGUGGUGGUCCGUCCGCCUUCGGUCUCCAGGAUUUGCCGUUCACACCAAUUGCGCAGUACAGGGAACCUUCAAGCGUUAUUACUGAGUAUGCCCUGAUACGACCAGAUGCGCUGUAG